AUCUAAAACAAAUUAAAGAACAAGAAGCAAUAACAUAUCCAAAUAUAACAAAUCAAUAUUCCCCUGCCAGCCAAUUUUCUUUCAGUAUUCCAAAAGGAUAUAACUUAAGAAAAUGGCAACCACUGUACAUUCAGUGUCAACCACUUCCACCACCCUCAUUGACGGCAAGGCUCCGCCACGGCAAGCGGCUGCCGCAUCCGCCCAAUGUGUCACCCUACCGUCUCUCACCGCGCCGCCUCUUCAGCAGCAAAACCGUGUUUGGAAGGCCACUGGCUACUGUCGAAAGUUGGCUAGGAAUGUUGCUGCCAUGGCCACUGGAGAGGCGACACCUGAGGCCGUCUCCCCAGACGUUCAAGAGCUCAUAAAGCCGCUUCAAGAGGCGUGGGACAAAGUCGAAGAUAAGUAUGCGGUGAGUAGUCUAGCGGUAGCCGGAGGUGUUUUUCUUUGGGGUUCGACAGGAAUGAUCUCGGCAAUAGACAGGCUUCCAUUGGUCCCAGGUGUUCUGGAGCUCGUUGGAAUCGGUUACACCGGAUGGUUUGCAUACAAGAACCUGGUGUUCAAACCUGAUAGGGAAGCUUUGUUUGAAAAAAUUAAAUGCACAUACAAAGACAUUAUUGGGAGCAGCUGAGUGACUUGGUUUAAUUAUGCAUGCAUCCACUUGAGGAAUAUAUAUAUAUAUAUGUAUUUAUAUUUUCCUUCUUCUUCUUCUUCUUCUUCUUUUAUUUUCUUAAUAAAUUUCUAACUGGAGAAACCAUGUGAUUAUGAACAUUUUCUCAAGGCCUCAUGUAAUUCAAACUGUCCUUCUGUUCUUUGUGCGUUUUUUCCAAAGAUUUUCAUCUUAUAUAUUAAUCUACUGCCUUUCUGUUAA